AUGUUGGAGGUGGGGGGUGAGGCAGCCCCGGAGAAGGCCGACUCUCUGGCCGCUAGGCUCAGAGAGGUGCUCAGCCCGGAGGUGGUCAGGGUCGCCCGGCCGGUGAAAUGUGCCGAAGUGCGUAUCACCGGCCUCGACGACUCUGUCACCGCGGCCGAGGUCGUAGAGUCUGUGGCCAGAGAGGGGGGCUGCGCGGCCGACGCUGUAAGAUCGGGCAGGCUCACCGUCGGCCCGAGGGGAGAUGGCUCACUCUGGCUGAGCGUGCCGGUGGCGGCCGCCAAAAAGGUGACCGACGCCGGCCGCGUGAGGGUCGGCUGGACCUCGGCCAGGGUGGUGCUGCUCGCCUCGCGGCCGACGCGGUGCUUCCGCUGCCUUGAGACGGGGCACAUGGGUGCCAAGUGCCCGGGUGAGGUCGACCGCAGCAAGCUCUGCUUUCGCUGCGGGAAGCCAGAUCACCGGGCACGGGACUGUGUGGCAGACCCGAACUGCCCCGUCUGCGAGGCGGCGGCCAAACCGGCGGGCCACUUGAUCGGCGGCGACGGCUGCGCCACCGCCGGGCAGAGGCCAGCGCCCAAAGGGAGGAGUGCGCCGAAGCGAAGGCCUCGGCGCAAGGCCAAGAAGGCCGGAGCGGAGCGGAUGGACACCAGCCCAUAA